GACUCCCGGCGUGCUUUUCGGCAAAGGCAGAGCUUAUGAGCUAAACAACCAUUUCGGUUGGGUUCCACAAAUGGUUUUUUUUUAACAUGGCUACGAGAGGAGAAACCCGGGUGAAGGUUGCUUCUGGGAGCCAGAGGGAGCUCGGUUGCUAGGUUACCGAGCCAGAAGCCCCUUCUCUGCGGCCUUGCAUUGGAUUCUCUCAGAGGCACAGCUCCUUGUUUAUCUAUUUAUAUGCAUAUAUAGAGCUAUAUUUAGGAAGAAGCUUCCAUCUAGCUUUAAGGCUCCUAUGCUUUUGUGACUUGGGCCUUGGUAGACCUUUCUUGCUUGGUCAAAGAGGACGUUUGAAAGGACACCGGCGACCUGGUGUGUUUGACUUAAUUUAUGAAGGCUUGGCUCCAUUUUAAGGUGGAUUCAUUUUUGGUUUCAAAAUUGUGCAUCUGUUUUUAAAAUCUUGUUCGCCGCUUUGAGUCUCGAUUAAGAGAGAGAAGAACACAGAAGUUUUUCCCAACCUAUCAAUUUAUUCAUAUUUAUAUGCAUAUAAAUACAUAGAGGAAGAGGCCUGCCUUUUGGGCCUUGCGGGAAUGUGAGGGCCACGGUUUCAAGGAGGCCACUGUGAACAUCGCCAUGGAUCUCCGUCAGGCUGUCUACAAUGCCGCCCGAGAAGGGAAACUGAAGCUGCUGCAAAAGCUCUUGGGAAGCCGGAGCCGGGAGGAGUUGGAGGAAUUAACGGCUGGCCCUGGAGGAGGAGAAGGAGCCGGCAGCACUCCAUUGCUGAUUGCUUCCCGCCACGGCCACCGCGAGGUGGUGGAGUACCUCUUGGACCAUUGCGGGGCCCGAGUGGAGGCCGGCGGGUCAGUCAACUUCGACGGCGAGACCAUCGAAGGGGCGCCUCCACUGUGGGCUGCCUCGGCCGCCGGCCACUUGCCAGUGGUGCGGUCCCUUCUGGAGCGAGGGGCCUGCGUCAACCAGACCACGCUGACCAACUCCACCCCACUGCGGGCGGCCUGCUUCGACGGGCACUUGGCCAUUGUGCGCUACCUGGUGGGGGAGCGGGGUGCCGACCUGGAGGUAGCCAACCGCCAUGGCCACACCUGCCUGAUGAUCUCCUGCUACAAGGGCCACGCUGAGAUCGCCCGCUACCUCCUGGAGCAAGGUGCCGAUGUCAACCGCCGCAGUGUGAAGGGCAACACUGCCUUGCAUGACUGUGCCGAGUCCGGCAGCCUGGAGAUCCUGCGGCUGCUGCUGGACUCCAACGCCCGCAUGGAGAAAGAUGGCUAUGGGAUGACGCCGCUACUCGCCGCCAGCGUGACUGGUCACACUAAUAUCGUGGAAUACCUCAUUGAAGGGGCACUGGAGGAGCCGCUGGCAGCUACAGCACACGAAGGGGCACCUGGAGCUGAUUGUGACAGGGAGCAGUGUGAGGAGGAACCCGACAAUGGCAGCUCUGUCACCUGCAAGAAUCGUGUUUACUGCACCCGGGAGGCGGCUGUGGAAGCACUGGAGCUCCUGGGAGCCACCUUUGUGGACAAGAAACGUGACCUCCUUGGCGCUCUCAAGCACUGGCGGCGAGCGAUGGAGCUGCGGCACCAAGGUGGGCAGUACCUCUCCAAAACCGAGCCCUGCCAGUUGGUCCUGGCUUAUGACUACGCCCGGGAAGUGAGCACCAUGAAGGAGCUGGAGGCUUUGGUGACUGACCCAGAUGAGAUGCGGAUGCAGGCCCUGUUGAUCCGAGAGCGUAUCCUUGGCCCGUCCCACCCAGACACAUCGUACUACAUCCGUUACCGGGGCGCUGUCUACGCUGAUUCGGGCAACUUCGAGCGCUGCAUCAACCUGUGGAAGUACGCCUUGGAGAUGCAGCAGGGCAACUUGGAGCCCCUAAGCCCGAUGACAGCAAGCAGCUUCCUCUCGUUCGCUGAGCUUUUCUCGUACGUGCUUCAGGACCGCUCCAAGGGCACCUUGGCCACCCAGCUGGGGUUUGCUGACCUCAUGGUGGUGCUGAGCAAAGGCGUCCGUGAGGUGGAGCGGGCCCUGCUCCACCGGAAAGACCCUGUGGCCGAUUGUGCCCAGUUCACCAAAGCCCUCGCCAUCAUCCUCCACCUGGUCUUUCUCUUGGAGAAAGUGGAGUGCAGCCCAGAGCAAGAGCACCAGAAGCGCCAGACCAUCUACCGCCUGCUGAAAUGCAACCCCCGGGGCAAGAACGGCUUCACCCCACUGCACAUGGCGGUAGACAAGGACACCACUGCCGUCGGCCGCUACCCUGUGGGGAAGUUCCCCUCUCUCCAUGUGGUGAAUCUCCUCCUGGAGUGUGGUGCUGACCCGGACAGCCGCGACUACGACAACAAUACCCCGCUGCACGUGGCCGCACGAAACAACUGCCCGCUUAUUAUGAGCGCCCUCAUGGAGGCCGGGGCCCACAUGGAUGCCACCAACGCCUACAAGCAGACGGCGUACGAGCUCCUGGACGAGAAACUCCUCACCAAGGCUAUGAUGCAGCCCUUCAACUACGUCACCUUGCAGUGCCUUGCCGCCCGAGCCCUGGAUAAACACAAGAUCCCUUACAAGGGCUUCAUCCCAGAAGAACUGGAGGCCUUCAUUGAACUCCAUUAAAGAGGGUGAUGUGUGAUGGACUCUCCGUCUUCCUGUGAUCUGAAUUUGAAAGCUUUUCUUUGCACUGGGCCCGAUAUACUGUUUCAAAGUAGGAGGUAUUUACAGUCUCCUUCACUCUGCACAAUUCUAGCAGUGCUGGGGUCCUUUGAAUUACCAUGGCUGUAUCAUCUAGAUUUAUAGUUUGUUGAGACUGAGAAGCACAAGGUGCUCACCAAACUGCAAAUCUGAGGUUUUCUUGGUAGUUAAAGCAGUUGUCGAAGUGCUACAGUUGUGUAGUGUGAAGGAGACCUAGAAUUCUGUCUCUGCCUUUACCCCCAGUGAGGUCAGAAUCAAUAUCUGACAUCCUGGUUCUGUUCCCAAGGCCCCAGGGCCCAAGGACGGAUGCCUUUGCGUCCCCUGCUUCAAUUCCUCUGACAGUUGGAUGCAGCCAAGCUUUUUAUAGCUUUCCACAGCACUCCCCACACUUUUCUAGGGAUGCUGUGCUGAUAUAUAUAGAAAGAGUGACCCAGUCUGGUUGCUCCACUCACUGCUUUUGCAACAUUUGCCCUUGGACCUCCUUUGAACCUCUAGCUGCCUCCUGUCCCAGAGAUGGCCACUUUCAGUGUCAAGUAGCAUUUGAGAGCCAUUGGAUGGGAGCAGGAAAGCUAGCUUGUUGGUACUGGCCCCUACUUUUCAGCUGAUCCUUUUAAAACAAGUUCUUCAUUUGAUCUGUUUUGCAAAUUUACCUUGCCUUGCUGGUUUUGGAGCUGCUGCCCUUGCCCCUUUGCAUCCCCCCUUUUUUUCCUUCUCAAAAUAUAGGAAAGGAAAUGAGGAUUUCAGGCAACCUAAAGACAGUCUUAAAGUUGCUCCCUUGUUUUUUCCCCCCUUUGUUUGCAUAAUAGGCCAGAGAGAGCAGAUUGCCUCCGGAAAAUUAUUUACGUUGCUGCUGAGUGUGGUGAUGGUUUGCAUUCUGGGUUUGAGUUCUUUGUUUGGGAAUGGCUGAGUUGCAUCUGGCUGUUUUUCAGGGCUGGCGCUGAUAGGGAAAUGAUUUGCUUUUUAACCCAAACUUAACUGGUGCCCUCCCCCCCUUGCCCACAGUUUGGUUUCUCCUGAUUUAGUCCAUUGAUUGCAGGCUUGGUGUAGCUGCUCAGAAGAAAAAGGGCGGGUUUGUGUUUUGAAACCCUAGAAGAGAAACAAGACGCUUCAUCUGUUUGUGCCGUUGUGCUGUGGGAAUGAGAAUCAUGCUGUUUUGCCUGGCCGAGUUUGAUCGCAGAGGCUCCCAACGAUUGAAUUUGGCUUGCCAAGAGCUUAAACAUCCCCCCUCCCCAGCAAGCCUGCUUUUUUUUCAGUGCCAGGUGUACAUCAAAAGCUCCCAGUGAGCUCUUUCUCCAGGCCUCCUUUUGCAUGCGCCUAGAUGCUCAUGUUUCUUUCCCUAUUUGGCAUAGAGCGAUUCCCAUGUUGGGAGUUUAGCCGAGGUCGUGGUUUUGAGGGCACUUGCACUCCCCUUCUGCACACAGAUCGUAUGCAUUGUCGAAGGCUUUCAUGGCCGAAAUUACAAGGUUGCUGUGAGUUUUCCGGGCUGUAUGGCCAUGUUCCAGAAGCAUUCCUUCCUGACAUUUUGCCCUCAUCUGUGGCAGGCAUCCUCAGAGGUUGUGAGGUCUGUUGGAAACUAGGCAAGUGGAGUUUAUAUAUCUGUGGAGUGUCCAGGGUGGGAGAAAGGACAAAUCCCAACAAAGGAUUCUCCCAGGCGGGAAGCAGUUAGGGUUUGAAGCUGCAAGGCCAUUCAGUCCUAAUCAAGCUGGGCAAUGACAACAUUCACACUUGCCUCCAACAGACAAGAGUUCUUUCUCCCACCCUGGACAUCAUUCCACAGAUAUAUAAACCCCACUUGCCUAGUUUCCAACAGGAGAGAAUGCUUCUGGAACAUGGCACAGAAACCCACAACAACCCAGACCGUAUGCACAUUCGCACAAACACACAGAUUGCAUGCUUUGCUCGCCGUCUCCAUCAAGCUUGUGUUGUUUCCUGUUGAGUUAAAUUCUCGUACUGGAUCUGCCAAGGAAAGUUAGGAGCAGAAACGGUGUGUUUGGAAUCUUUGCAUGGAUAAACAGGAUAAGGAAGAGUUGAGAGUGGGUCUGGAGGGAUUGUGUUGAUAAAAAGAGCCAAAUCACAGCAGAGUUGUCAGCUUUUGGAGAAGGAGAUUGUUCAGAGAAGGAUCAGGAUUGUUUGGGAUAGUUGUAACACCUCACCACAAACGGGGCAUCCCUUGACACCCGCAAAAUGAAGCCAAGGUUAAUGUCAAGGGGUGCUAAAAGACCAUCAUUCCAUUAAGGGCUAAGGAUUUCCUUCCAAGGGUCUUAGGAACAGGAUUAUGGGUGCUGCAGUUCAAAACACCUGGAGAACCAAAGCAUCCCCUUCCCUGAACUAACCGUUAUUUGGAUGUUGGUAUCCAGAGGUCAGAGAGUAGUUUCCAAUGACAGAUCGAUCCCCCAGCAUGCAUUGCCUUUUGCCGUAAUUCGGUUGGUAUAUGUACAGGUCCAUCUCAAAAUAGAUUCUCCCAAAGCCAGGGCUUCUGGGAAUAUAUCUGUGUUUUGAUGUUUACUAAAUGACCGUUGGCUGUGGUCCCCCUCUUUUGCUAAACCUUCCCUGGUUCUUUGUUACCUUUCCGACACAAAAUGGCAGGACAAAUCCAAUUUUGGUGGUGUUUUGGUUGGAAAAUAUAGAAUUACUUCCUCUCACCUUUGUUGCCUGUGAAGUGUGCUUCGGAUUAGAAACUGGGAAGAAGGUUUGCAAUACCUGGAUUGCGCAGAAUAUUUAGUACGGAAAACAGGGGCGCUUUCCAGGAAAGUAGGAUGAAAGCUCCCCUUUUUCUGCCAUGACUGAACAUAGAAAAGUUGCGAUAGAAAAUCCACUUUCUGCUUUGUUGCUUAGGACUUAAGGAUCCCAAUUGAUUUGUUUCCUUGGUGGGUCAGGAAGCAUCCCAUACAGCUUUUUGUUUUUGAUUUUUUUGCCCUAUAUCUCUGAAAGUGUGAUUUCCAAAGAAAGCAUCAGGUAGAUUUCCUCAUUUUGCUUUCGUUUCACCGCCAAGCAGAAGAAUGAUUUCAGCCGCUUUCGGCAGCACCGAAAAUUGCAACCGCAGAAUGUGUGUAGUUGGCAAGCCAACGUUUCCUGACUUGAAAUGAAUAAACCGGCACUUUAAAAAAAAUAAUAAAAAAAUAAAAAAGGAAAAGAAAGAAAGUUGUGCUGCUAAAAAUAA